CGAAAAAAAUACUUGUCUCCUCAAUGCCUGCAGCUCAUUAUCGCACACAAACUCCGAAUCAACAACAAAGCUUAUUCUUUUCUUCCAGCUUCAAACAUCCACAAAGUUCUCAGCUUCCUUUUCACUCUCCUCCGCCACCUUCUUCUUCUUCUUCUUCUUCAGUCUUCACAACAUAAAUAUCAUCUUCCACCAGAUGCUUCUGUUCCAAUUCCGCAUUACAUCUGCUACUUCCAACCUUCCCGACGCUCCUCGCCCGAAGGUACAAUGCACGGCGACAACACCCACGUACCCAUCCACCACUCCCAGACCCCCACCGACCAAUCCAAACCCAUCCGCCGCCACCACACCGCCCGCUACUAUGUGCAGCGCGUCCACGACAGUCUCAGCACGCGCAUCUCCAAAGUCCUUUGCGGCAUCUUCUUAAGCCUUCUUGCCAUUGUAGGUCUUAUCGCCUUCAUCUUAUGGCUCAGCCUACGCCCGCACCGACCCAGAUUCCAUAUCCACGAUUUCUCUGUUCCGGGUCUGGGUCAAGAAUCCGGGUUCCAGAACGCCGAGAUAAAGUUCUUCGUCACGGCCCGAAACUCCAACCAACAUAUGGUUAUUAACUACGAGGCCAUGGACGGGACGGUAUAUUACAGGGAUCAGAAUAUCGGAACGACGCCGUUGCUGUUCCCGUUUUCUCAGGAGCCGAAGAAUACGACGGAGGUGCACGGCGUAUUGACUGGAGCAACGUUAACGGUGUCCAGCCAGCGUUGGGCGGAGUUCCUGAACGACAGGGCUCAAGGGAGUGUGGUGUUCCGUGUGGAGUUGACGUGCACGAUUAAGUUUAAAAUACACACGUGGCAAAGUAAGAGCCAUCAGAUGCACGCAAAUUGUGAUGUGGGUGUGGGCCCCGACGGUAGCAUAUUGAAUGCGUACAUAGAUAAGAGAUGUCCCGUCUACUUCUCUUGACACGUUCAUGAUCUCAGCCCUCUCUCUCUUUCUCGUUUGUGAAACGAGAUGGAAAUAUUGUGGCCGACUGGAUGGCUGCCUCCUCUUUAAAGGGUGUGAUCUCAAGCGGUUGGCUUCUCCAUCCCCCACUCCCUCUAAUCAAUAUCAUGCAACGAGAUUCUUUGGCAUAUGGUGAGGAAAUUCAGCAAUUUGUGCACAAUCAGGACAGAGAAGGCAUUGGCUGAUUGACUUUCUUUAUUUUGUCUUGUUUAGGUCUUUGCCAUGCUUUGGCUUAUGACUUUUUAUGCUUUCUUGUCUUGUUUUGUCCUCUGUCAGACUCGUUUUGUUUCCUAAUGAAUGAA